UAAUAGAGGCCGAUAAAACCAACAUUUGUUUUGGUUCAUUAAUCGUUGCAUAUUACGUUGCUACUGAUUUUUCCUGCUUCCCAGCGUAUUUUUGGUCAAAGGUUAUAGUAAGUUUUUCAUUGAAAUUUCAAUGUAUCCGUCUAAUGGUGUUUUCUGUGGUUAUUUUAUUUGUCUGUCUGGCGUAUGGGAACUCGGUCAGGUUUCAAGACACUGAUAUUCAUUCUGGCGACUUAUCAAAAGCAGUCAACGACUACUUUCUUUGCCGGCACUGCGGUACAGAUAUUUCACCAUUAUCAUCACUAAUAUCAAUUGAUAGUCCAGCUGCUUCAAAUAGCCGUGUAUCUCAAUUAUUUGGUUUGAAAGAUAUCAAGGUCCAAACUGUAAAGAAUUCGUUGCACUCACAAUUUGAAAUUAUUACACUAUCUAAAACUUUGUGUGUUGGAAAAGGCAAUUGGCAGACUGAAGAUUCCUGGUUUCCUGGUUACGUUUGGAAAGUUUGUGUAUGUGCUAAAUGUGGACGUCAUAUUGGAUGGAUGUUUGAACCUUUGCAUUUGGCUACCAGUGAUAAAAUAUACCCUUCAAAAGAAGGGUUUUAUGUUGUCAUCAUUUCAAGUAUUAUUAACGAACUACAUGCUGACUCAUUGAUUGUAGUACCAAAACAUUUUUCUACAAUAGAAGAGAUCUCAGAUUAAAAAUGGCAUCUGCAAAUUAUCAAAAUUC